CCCCCCAGACGAUGGUGAAUUAUGAACGUGCUACAUCAUGAGUCUCCUGGGGCGGGUAGCUGUGCGUCGAGCCAGGAAAGCCGCCCUGCUCUGUGUAGUCUUUCUCCUAGUGCAAGAGUGGAGCAUGAGUGUGGGGGUGGCAGCGGCGGGGCCUCAAGGCUGCCCACCCGAAUGCUCCUGCUAUAAUCAGCUCAGCAAGGUGGUGUGUACCCGCCGUGGCCUCACUCGGGUGCCCCCGGGUAUCCCCUCCAACACCCGCCACCUCAACCUGAUGGAGAACUCCAUUGAGGCAGUACAGGCUGACUCAUUUCGCAACCUACACCACCUGGAGGUGCUCCAGCUUGGUCGAAACGCCAUCAGACAGAUAGAGGUGGGGGCCUUCAAUGGCCUAACCAGCCUCAAUACAUUGGAACUAUUUGACAACCGCCUAACAGUGGUGCCAAGUGGGGCCUUUGAGUACCUGUCAAAGCUGCGGGAGCUAUGGCUCAGGAAUAACCCCAUUGAGAGCAUUCCUUCUUAUGCCUUCAAUCGUGUGCCCUCACUAAUGAGGCUUGACCUGGGCGAGCUACGCAAAUUGGAAUACAUCUCUGAUGGAGCUUUUGAGGGUCUGCACAACCUCAAGUACCUCAACCUGGGAAUGUGCAACAUACGAGGGGAAAUGCCCAACCUGAGCCCGCUGCUUGGCCUGGAGGAGCUCGAGAUCUCAGAGAACCUCUUCCCAGAAAUCAAGCCAGGCUCUUUCCGAGGUCUGCGUUCACUAAAGAAGCUAUGGAUCAUGAACUCACAGAUAGGGCUAAUUGAGCGCAAUGCAUUUGAUGAGCUCAUACCCCUGGUGGAGCUCAACUUGGCCCAUAACAACCUCAGCACUUUGCCCCAUGACCUCUUCACUCCACUGAGGUACCUUGUGGAGCUCCACCUGCACCACAACCCCUGGAACUGUGGUUGUGACUCACUCUGGUUGUCGCGAUGGCUGAGGGAGUACAUCCCAACCAACUCCACCUGCUGUGGCCGGUGCCAUGCUCCAGCACACAUGAGGGGCCGUCAGCUGGUGGAGCUGGACCGGGGGGACAAUGGAGCCCUCCAGUGUUCAGCACCCUUCAUCGCAGACGCCCCUCGUGAUCUCAACAUCUCUGCAGAGCGGGUAGCAGAGUUGCGCUGUCGCACAGCGGCCAUGUCAGCCGUGCGGUGGCUGCUGCCCAAUGGCACCGUCCUAACACAUGCAUCCAAGCACCCACGGAUCAGCGUGCUCAAUGACGGCACACUCAACUUCUCCAACGUGCUCGUGGGGGACACGGGCAUGUACACUUGCAUGGUUUCCAAUGCAGCAGGGAACUCCAACGCCUCUGCAUACCUCAAUGUCAGUGCUGCCGAGCUCAAUACGUCCAACCUCAGCUACUUCUCCACAGUCACGGUAGAGGUGCUGGGGCCAACAUCAGAGAUGCCCAAGCCGAAAACCACCACUACCACAACAACUGCAGACACGGGGGUCGGUACCACCACGACCACAGCAUCGCCAUCAGUUUAUCAACCAGUUUUUAUCUCCACACCCACUGUUUUGCUCCAGAGCACUGAUUCGCCACCAUCCCCCCCAAUUUCUGUGCCAAACGCAAAAGUGACAACAGGACGACCUCCGAACCCCAGCGGCACCAGUCUGGAUGAGGUAAUGAAGACCACAAAGAUAAUCAUCGGCUGCUUUGUAGCUGUGACUUUGCUAGCCGCCAUCAUGCUGAUUGCCUUUUAUAAACUGCGCAAAAGACACCAGAAGAGGAGCACUGUGGCGGCCGAUAAAACAGUGGAGAUUGUUCAUGUAGAACAAGAGGAACUUCCCCCUCCUGCGUCGUCAAGUGCAAGAGGAGGGGGGUCACGAACUCUGCCAGAAAUCAAGGACCACAAUAGCAUUCAUAAACUGGACUGUUUAACUCACAGACACGCAGACAACAGCUAUCAUCACACACAAAAACACGACUUCAUGACUUAUAAACCAACCAAAAUGGAUUGUACUAUUCACAAACACAAGGGGGAGUAUAGCAGCCAUAAAGUUAGACCUGAAUAUAAUACAUACAAACCAACCGUGGACUACAGCACUCACAAACCAACUGUGGACUACAAAUCCUUGCCUGACUUCAGAAUGCAUAAACAAAAACCAGACCAUAGUCCUUUUCAAUAUCGCACUCACAAUCCAGAUUAUAGCACUCACAGAUCUAAGCCUGAAUACAGCCCUUUCAAAGAUGAUUACAACACUCAUCACAAACCAAGAAUGGACUACAGUGCCCACAGAUCCAAAACGGAACAUACCUUACACAAAACCACAAAUGACUACAGUGCUUUCAAGAAGGAUAUCUCCCCAUUCAAAUCAAAUUACACUGCCUUCAAGGCAGAGUACAGGCCCCUAGAAGUGGACUACAUCACGCACAAACCGGAAUACAGCCCCCCCAAACCCAAAAUGGAUUACAGCCCGCGUAAAGUGGACUACAGCCCCCACAAGUAUGAUUACACACUGAAACCUAAAUACAAUACGUACAAACCAGCUGGCCAUGGGGCAAAAUGGACAGAAAACAGCAUUGCAAAUUCUCUGCCUCGAACGAUGCCUAGUACCAUUACGGCAGUCCCAGAGCAGUUCAUCAUAAAAGCUCACGCAAAGGAAAAAGUCCAGGAAACUCAGAUUUAACAUCCCAAAUCUUCAAUCCCUCCUCUACCCACCCCACCCCACCUCUGUGAAAUCAUGCAAUAGAAUGCACAAAGACAGAGCAAAGGAACUACUUUUUGUAAAGAGUGCAAAAU